AAGCUCAAUACACCAUUUUCCCACAAAUACUGUGAUGAAGACGAUGAGGCUCCUCUGCUUGCUCGUGCUGCUGUUGCUAUGGACGGCAACGGUGCGAGCAUCCGCUGGCGUGCAAGGAAGCCGGGCCGGGAACAGGAGUGCUCUUCCCUCUCUGGCCGGCUGUCAGAAGAGGUGUGGCAACCUCAGCUUCGACUACCCGUUCGGCAUAGGGUCCGGCUGCUUCCGGCCGCCGCGGCGAGAGUUUGAGCUCUUCUGUAACAGAACCCACGGUGCGUCGCAGCCCCCAAGACUCUUCCUGCACGACGGCAUCACCGAGGUCGUCGCUGACAUCAAACCCGACGAUCGCGAUGUCGAACCAUAUAUCGAGGUGUCGUUUUCCCAAUCCGUCCCCGUGAGACCUGAGGAGGAUGCCUACAGCAUCUCCUGGAAUCAUGGGAGAUCUCCCACUAGCUAUUCUUUACAAUUAAACUUCAUUGGUUGCGACUUCGACAUGUACGUGCUCGAACACGGUACAAACAAGACGGUGGGUCAGUGCACUACUACAUGCCCUGACGAAGACAUCACGGAUAAGGUGUCCAGCCUCAGGCAGGACUGCAACGGUACAGGAUGUUGCUCCACCUAUGUUAGAUCCGAGUCUACUACCGGCUUCGACAUCAAGUUAGUCCGCCACAAGAUUGGGAAGCUGAAGUUCAAAGCGCACAGUAACCGAAGCUCCAUAUGGGAUACAAUUGAUGUAAGCACUGAUUACGCCUCUAUCUCCUGGGGUAUCACCGUUGAUGAAGCUGGUGGCCCCUUCCAAAACAGCACAGAUUAUGCAUGUCUCAGCAACAAUAGCAGCAGUCGCCUGAUGUUUCAGUAUGGUCCUGCUCAGUAUUACUGUGACUGCGACGGUGGUUACGGAGGCAAUCCAUACAUAACGGAUGGCUGCUCGCGUGACAAAGGGUAUGAUCCGAUACAGCGGAAGACCAACUGUUCUAGAUUGUGUGGGGAAAUCAGUGUCCCUUUCCCAUUUGGCCUAGAGGACGGUUGUUCUGCAAGGAUGUCAUUUCAGCUCGAUUGUACAAAUUCAUCUUUGUCUACCCUCCAGUUUCUUAACAUGAACGGCGAUACAGGAGAGAUCACUUAUGUUAAGUCUAUAAAUAUCAUGAAGGGGCUAGUGAAUGUUAAAUACAGCUUAUACCAAGAAGAGUACCUUUCGGUGAGGGUACAUCAAGAUCCCGACCACUAUGUUGCCUUCGCAGGUGUAGUACCACAACAGUGGGCCGUAGCCAAUUUAACAUGCCUAGAGGCACAGGCGAAUAAUACCGGAUAUGCAUGUGUCAGCAUGAAUAGCAAAUGCUUGGCUGUCAAUUCCGAACGAGAAUAUUAUGGUUACCGUUGCACAUGUAUGGACGGUUUUGACGGGAAUCCAUAUACUAUCUCCGAUGGGUGCAAAGAUGUUGACGAGUGCACGAAACCAGGCACAUGUAAUGGGACUUGUCAAAACACCGAAGGAAGUUACCAUUGCACUGAAUGUCCUAGUAAUACAGUGUAUGACACUGCAACAAAGAUGUGCACAUCGACCAAAAAACAAAAUCUGGUACUAGGUAUCGUCAUUGGGAUUAGCGUUGGUUUUGGAAUUAUACUUCUCAUGUCAAUUGUAAUAUUACUCAUCCGUAGAUGGAAAAAAGACAUCAAGAAGAAACUACGAAGAAAGCAUUUUCGCGAGAACCAAGGUCUACUCCUCGAACAAUUGAUAUUGUCAGAUGAAAAUGCAAGUGAGAACACUAAGAUUUUCUCACUAUCAGAGUUAGAAAAGGCAACAAAUAAUUUUGAUCCCACGCGUAUCGUUGGUCGUGGAGGGCAUGGCAUGGUUUAUAAAGGCAUCUUAUCCGAUCAACGGGUAGUGGCCAUAAAGAAGUCUAAAGUCAUUGAGCAAAUUGAGAUAAGCCAGUUUAUCAAUGAGGUUGCAGUCCUUUCCCAAGUAAAUCACCGGAAUAUUGUGAAGCUCUUGGGUUGUUGUCUUGAGACCGAAGUCCCACUGCUAGUGUAUGACUUCAUCCCUAAUGGUUCGUUAUUUGGAAUCCUUCAUGCUAGUACCACUAGCAGCUCUAUCUUCUCCUGGGAUGAUUGUUUGAAAAUUGCUGCGGAAGCUGCUGGAGCACUGUAUUACCUCCACUCAGCUGCUUCGGUAUCGAUAUUUCAUCGUGAUGUGAAGUCCACUAACAUACUAUUAGAUGGAAAUUACACUGCAAAAGUAUCAGAUUUUGGUGCUUCAAGGUUAGUUCCUAUUGACCAAACUCACGUUGUUACAAAUAUACAAGGCACAUUUGGAUACUUGGAUCCAGAAUAUUACCACACGGGUAUGUUGAAUGAGAAGAGUGAUGUCUACAGUUUUGGUGUAGUACUUGUAGAGUUGCUGCUCAGAAAGAAGCCUAUUUUUACAUGUGACUCUGGGCUAACGCAAAACUUGUCCAAUUACUUCCUUUGGGAGAUGAGGGAGAAACCACUUGCAGAAAUAGUAGCUACUCAAGUUCUCGAGGAAGCAACAAAUGAAGAGAUUAAUGAUGUUGCCAAUCUUGCGGAGACUUGCUUGCAACUACGAGGUGAAGAGAGACCUACAAUGAAACAAGUGGAAAUGAAAUUGCAGUAUGUGCGAUCUAGAAGGUUGAGAUCAUCUCAGGUUGUUCUGAAAAAUGAAGGCAUGCAACCCUUGUCAAGUGGACAAAGCCAAGACACUCUUCCGAUGUUGACUACUCCGAGUGGUAGAGUAGACCGAUUUAAUAUAGCUUCUCAAAGGAACCAAAAUUGCUACAGCUUGGAGCAAGAGUUCAUGGCAUCGGCGACUCUCCCGCGCUAGCUGAUCAUGUUCUCAACAUUAAUGUGUGGUUGUCUGCCUUUUUUAUUGAAGAGCUAUAUUAUUUUUUGUCGUUUGAUGGAGAGGGUAAAGUAUAAUGCAGUAAAUAAUGUCCGGUUUAUAGUAUUCAGAUUGAAAAAGUUCCAUUCCUGUUAUUGCCCCAAAAAAAGUGUAGUUAUGCUACGGAUCUACCAUACUAUUAUGUCUGGACCUGACGGUUGGGCAUUGUGAAUUGUAACAUCCUGAU